AAACGUGCGAGAAGACCGGCUAUCAAAUACGAUAGUGCUGCUUCUGACGAGGAGCCGCUUGUCGACACGACUGCGGCACUCACCCUCCACUCCAAAAAGACCGCCCGGUUGCAGAAGCGGCAACAGAAGAAAGAGUCACGCAAGGUUCAUUCGGAAAUCAAAUCGUUUCUCGACUUCCCACCUGAACUACUGUCUCUUGUGCUAAGCUUCCUGCGUCCAAGCGACCUUUUCAGUCUACUUCGCCUGAAUCAGGAUACCCGCGCCUUCAUCCUCGACAAUGAGAGGGGCAUUGCAGAAGGUGCAAUGAGUUAUCGAUACUGGGUCCUGAGACAAUGCUUCCCACUACCUGUACUUUUGUCAAGAGUUCCAGCCUACGCUCACCCGAUAUUACUCAGUCCACAAUGGCAGAAUCGCCUCAAGAUCCACAGGAAUCCAUACCAGCACAUCCGACAAAUCGAUCCGGAAGGUAUCUGUACCUGCAUGAGUUGCGUGUUGGCUUGGAACAACCUUAAUAUCAUUCUUGACCUUGCACAUUGGCAACCGAACUUCGAGAAUCGCGAGCCUCUCCCGAUAAUCCCUCGCGGUAAAAAUCCUGAGUGGAAUAUCUCUCUACUUGAUCACCAUGCCUCGAUUGUCACGAAGGCGAUACAGAGUCCCCUCACUUAUGCGCGAAUACUACAAAGACACCUCGAAGUGACGACCCGCACAAUCCUCCGGGCUUCCAAAUGGCGUAAGAAAGGCGAAAAGAUCACAACUACAAAACCGAAAUUGUACCACCUCAACGAUGCAGAAGCGGAGGAGGGAACCGACUCUUACCUCGAAAGAAGCGGGCCUCCGUCCUAUCAACCAAUAUAUAUGCGGGACAACUACUACAAUCUGGAGGCAUGGAUACCGAACCGCAAAUGGGACAAGGAGGGACGACGCUGGCAAUACUACUCGAGAUGGCCAAAGCCACAUGAGAACGAUUUGGAUUGGCUUGUU